UGCGCAUACUCUUCCGCCGCGGGCCAGCGGAGGUGGGGAAGGUUAGCUGCUGUCAUGGAGGACGCAGCGACGCCCGGGCGGACUGAGGGAGUCCCUGAAAGCCAAGUUCGUUCGGCGACAGAUCGGGGAGGAGCCCUGGUGGAGCUCACCCCGAACCCCGGCGGCCUGGCCCUGGUGAGCCCCUACCACACCCACCGGGCCGGGGACCCCUUAGACCUCGUGGCGCUCGCAGAGCAAGUACAGAAGGCUGAUGAAUUCGUCCGGGCAAAUGCCACCAACAAGCUAACAGUGAUAGCUGAUCAAAUCCAGCAUUUGCAAGAACAAGCCAGGAAGGUAUUAGAAGAUGCUCGCAGAGAUGCUGACUUGCACCACAUAGCUUGUAAUAUAGUGAAAAAACCUGGCAACAUUUACUACCUUUAUCAACGGGAGAGUGGUCAGCAGUAUUUUUCUAUUAUUUCUCCAAAGGAAUGGGGAACGAGUUGUCCACAUGACUUCAUUGGUGCCUACAAGCUACAGCAUGACUUGUCCUGGACUCCCUAUGAGGACAUAGAGAAGCAAGAUGCUAAAAUCAGCAUAGUGGACAAAUUGCUAAACCAGCCAAUGGCCCUGCCUCCAACGCCUGACCCCAACUUCCAGGGACUGACUCACUGAAAAUGGACUCUGACAAACAGCUCUCACGGCAAGGACCUGUCACCUCCUUGUUGCCCCCAUUCUCUGCCUUGAUGGGAGGUGGCGGGAGAAAUGAGGAUGUGUAAGUGAAUCAUGAACUUCUUGGAAGGAGACCCUAUGUGAUUGUAAUGCUGUCAUUAUUAGUUUUAGUUGGGAUGGUAAUGAGUCACCUCAGUCUUUUUUGGGAUCCUCUCUGGGUCACAGAUACCCACCCAGUCAGUUUCAGCAUACCGGCUAGUGUACUUUCCUUCUCCUUUGUCUCCCUCUAUUCUCCUAAGUCAGAGCAUUAGAGAAAGAAGAGUUUUUCUUCCCAUAAAAAGGUUGGCAAGGAUUUCCAUAGUGGACUGGUUUUAAUUUUUUUGGUAACUAGUGUUUAAGAUUGGGUUUAGGCUAUUUUAACAGUUGGUGCAGUCAAGCUUCAAAUUCAUCAGGGAGCUCGGCCGGUGUGGCUCAGUGGUUGAGUGUCCCCUAUGAACCAGGAGGUCAUGGUUCGAUUCUCAGUCACGACAUAUGCCUGCGUUACGGGCUUGAUCCCCAAUGUGGGGCAUGCAGGAGGCAGCGGGUCGAUGAUUCUCUCUCAUUAUUGAUGUUUCUAUUUGUUCCUCUCCCUUCUUCUCUGAAAUCAAUAAAAAUAUAUUUAAAAUAAUAAUAAUAAUAAAUUCAUCAGGGAACAAGAAUGUUAUGUAAUGGAGGAUGAUAAACAACUUGGCUUGGCUGCG